GGUCGCACUAUCGUCUUCUCCACUAUUUAUUUUUUUUUAAAAAUAUUUUGAAAAAACCCUCGUAAAAUUCCCCAAGCAUUUGUUAAUGUCUUCUAACAAUCCAUCGCAGCUCCUCCCAUCAGAGUUGAUUGACCGAUGCAUCGGGUCGAAAAUAUGGGUGAUAAUGAAGGGAGACAAGGAGCUGGUGGGUACCCUCCGCGGCUUCGAUGUGUAUGUUAAUAUGGUGUUGGAAGAUGUUACUGAAUAUGAGAUCACUUCUGAAGGACGCCGUAUUACAAAACUUGACCAAAUCUUGCUCAACGGCAACAACAUUGCCAUAUUGGUUCCCGGUGGCUCACCUGACCCAGAAUGAGAUGGCAGUCCGGCUCCUGCUGUCAUGUGUUUGAUGAUCUGCUUCUGUUUGAAAAGAAGCCGUAUAACUUCUAGUAGAUCAAUUUGAAUUUUGUAAAACAAGACUAAUGGUAUGAAACAGUGCAUUAGUUUGAUGUAGUGGUCAUAUGGGAUAGUCUCUAUUGUUCAAUAUCUGAAAAUUCCAUUCUGAUUUCCUA